CAGAGGACAGUUCAGUGUGUGAGAGGAACGAGCGACUGUAGAGCCACAAACAUGAUAUUUCAUCAGCCUCAGUUCAGUCCUGUGAUAGCGGUCAGCUCAAACCAGUGGAGCACUGGAAUCUGCGGAUGCUUUGAUGACUGCAAUGUCUGCUGCUUCGCCAUGUGGUGUCCCCUCUGCUUUAUUUGUUCCACCGCAUCAGAUUUUGGGGAGUUUUGCUGUCUGCCCAUGAUUGAUAAUUGUGCCUGCACCCCUCCGGUGUCUAUGGCACUGCGGGCUUCUGUGAGAAAUCGAUAUGGCAUACAGGGCGGGUUGGGAUCAGACUGCAUGUAUGUGACCUUUUGCAACAUUUGCUCCUGGUGCCAAAUAGCAAGAGAAUUAAAAAGACGAAGCACAAAUCACAUGGUGGUUAAUGCUCAACCUGCGGUCUUAGCAAUUCCCUCAGUGGUGGUUUCCGCCCCAAAACCUGUUGUAACAACACAGGUUACAACAACAGUGGGUUAACUGAAGAUCUCAUCAGAUUAACCCACUGUGGAAGUUAGUUGAGAUUUUCCAUUGAUGGGUGAAGUGAUUUUUUAUUUAUUUUUUUAUAUACUGUUGGAGUUGGACAUUGACUCUGGAGACCAUAUAUCAUUGUGUACAUACAUAUAUAACCAUAUGCACACAUAUUCAAUAAGUUUUUAUGCUUUUGGCAGCUUGCCUCCUCUUUUAAAAGUCUCACCACAGCAAACAAACCUAAAUGCGUGAGAUCUUUCCAAGAUAAGUCAUCUACAACUGGUUUGUAUUGUAUCUUAAUUGGAUGAUUUUGCAGCUUGGAAUUUUAUUUUAUUUUAUUUAUUUUUUGGACCAUUUAAGACUUCUUCAUGUGUCUAAGUUGAAGACGUGUUGAUUUCUUCUUGCUCACUUGGCUCUGAAAAUAAGUUUGAGGACAAAAUGCGAAGGUUAACCAUGAUAAAAGUUGUACCCAGCAAUUUUAAACAUUAAAUAAAAUCCUAAUUCUGUUUACCUCUUUGAGUGUCGAAAUCACACUGGAUAUUUGAACUGAAACCUACUGCAGGAAAACAAAGUAUUCUGGUCAGCCAGCUUAACACUUCAAAGUCUCUGCUUGGGGCACAUAAAUAGUUUUGCUAAUAUCUUUGUUUUUGUUUUGUUUUUUUGUUGUUUUUUGUUUUUUUCAAGGAUUAUUGAAACAAUUUUGUUCGAAGUGUUUAUCUAAAAAGAAAUAUCAUAAUAAUAAUAAAAUCACUCCCAAUAGCAAUACA